AUGUUAUCACAUGAUACACUUCAUUCAAAACAAGUUAUUAAAAUACAAGAUUUAAUAAAACAUUAUGAUUCAUUAUUAGCAAGUGGACAUGAACCUGAAACACAUGGUAGGAAGUUAAAAAAAAACAUUUUCGAGAAAAAGAAAUUAUCGUUAAAAUUCUUUAUUUAGCUUUGGCGGCAUUAGAACCAGUUUUAUAUGAUUUUUUUUCUUGUUCGAGUUAUGCGAAUAAUUAAAAUUCCUAAAAAGUUUUAUUAAAUGAGAAUGAACAAAAAGUGUCCUUCUAUAAAGUCUCAAAUAUCUUAGAAACUCGAGAGGGUGUGAGUGUGGGUGUGUAGAUGUAAUUUUUCUCCUCGAUUGAACCCACACUUCAACGAAUUGAUGAUCUGAAAAUAAUUAUCUUGUUGUUAUGUAUUUGAGUUUGAAGGAAAACUAGGCGUCUUAAUUAUUAUAAAUAAAAGUAUCUUUUCAUGUCAUGUGUAAGUACUGAAAAAAUAAUAAUAGAAUUUAUAUUGUUAUAGGAUUUACGAUUGUUCAACGUAAGUAAUGUUGGCACCAGAUUCACGUAUUUCCUGCCUUUAUUCGCCCCUACGUCUGUGCUGUUCUCCUACUCGACUGUGCUGAAUGCAGAAUUUAAUUCUCUAUCGGAUGGUAACAACUUCGACCCAAGUCGUCGACCAUAAAAUAGGGACUACCACCUAAAAACUGAUUUUGGCCCAAUGUGACGAAUUCGGAAAACAUGUAAUUCCUGUCCCGAUUCGCGCAUACACCUGUGCUGUUCCCCUCUUCGCUUGUGCUAGAUGCAGAAUUUUACGCUCUAUCCAAUGGUAUCGCUUUUCGAUAGCAUCGUCGUCCAAAAAUGAGGGCUUUCUGGCCAAAUACCACCCCAAAAACCACUUUUUAACAUUAUUUCCUACCCGGAUUCGAAAAUCGACCUGUGCUGUGUCUACAGUUGGUUGUGCUGAAUGCAGAAUUUAAUUCUCUAUCGGCUGGUAACAACUUCGACCCAAGUCAUCGACCAUAAAAUAGGGACUAUCACCUAAAAACUGAUUUUGGCCCAACGUGACGAAUUCGGAAAACAAGUAAUUCCUGUCCCGAUUCGCGCAUACACCUGUGCUGUUCCCCUCUUCGCUUGAGCUAGAUGCAGAAUUUUACACUCUAUCCAAUGCUAUCACUUUUCGAUAGCAUCGUCGUCCAAAAAUGACGGCUUUCUGGCCAAAUACCACCCCAAAAACCACUUUUUAACAUUAUUUCCUACCCGGAUUCGAAAAUCGACCUGUGCUGUGUCUACAGUUGGUUGUGCUGAAUCCAGAAUUUAAUUCUCUAUCGGCUGGUAACAACUUCGACCCAAGUCGUCGACCAUAAAAUAGGGACUAUCACCUAAAAACUGAUUUUGGCCCAACGUGACGAAUUCGGAAAACACGUAAUUCCUGUCCCGAUUCGCGCAUACACCUGUGCUGUUCCCCUCUUCGCUUGUGCUAGAUGCAGAAUCUUACACUCUAUCCAAUGGUAUCCCUUUUCGAUAGCAUCGUCGUCCAAAAAUGACGGCUUUCUGGCCAAAUACCACCCCAAAAACCACUUUUUAACAUUAUUUCCUACCCGGAUUCGAAAAUCGACCUGUGCUGUGGCUACAGUUGGUUGUGCUGAAUGCAGAAUUUAAUUCUCUAUCGGCUGGUAACAACUUCGACCCAAGUCGUCGACCAUAAAAUAGGGACUACCACCUAAAAACUGAUUUUGGCACAAUGUGACGAAUUCGGAAAACAUGUAAUUCCUGUCCCGAUUCGCGCCUACACCUGUGCUCUUCCCCUCUUCGCUUGUGCUAGAUGCAGAAUUUUGCACUCUAUCCAAUGAUAUCACUUUUCGAUAGGAUCGUCGUCCAAAAAUGAGGGCUUUCUGGCCAAAUACCACCCCAAAUACCACUUUUUAACAUUAUUUCCUGCCCGGAUUCGAAAAUCGACCUGUGCUGUGCC